GUAAACAAUAUGAGAGCCUGCAGUGACACAUGACUACAAGUAAUGUAUAUAAAAAGAGUCAAAAUUUAACUUAUAGAAUAUAGUUAUAUGUAUGGAAGGACAGAGGGAAGAACAGAUGAACUUCCAGCUUCCGGAGUUUGAUUCGCUGUCAUGCAUGCAGCUCGGCCUGUAGGAUCGUAGACGCCUUACCACCGCUUUUGCACCACACCACCACCCAGUGUCCUCUUUGUGUUCCCAGCCUCCUUAUUUUAUGCUUAGCUUAGCUUAGAGGUCUUCUAGGUUGUUCCCUAGUUAUUGAAAUAAUGUAUAGAUCGCCCUUCACUUAGUCCCUACCCUCCUGCUAUAUUGCCUGAGCUCCCUAUCUUCCCUAUGCUCACUCUUCUGGGUGUGUCUUCCUUCGUGUUUGUGCAUUGGCGUCGGUGCAGGAGUGGCUCACACAACGAUGCUGCGUUUCACUACGGACGCCCAGCUCUUCCCGCCGCCACGAAAACGGAGGCUGAGUUGGAUCAGUACGCCAAGGAAGUGCUGGACUUCAGCUCGCAUUAUGGCGGCGAAGGGAGCAUGUCAUACACCAUGUGGAACGCAGCCGGAGCCCCCAGCGUGUUCCCGAGCUCAGGGGACUUCACGCAUACCGCCGUGUUCCGCACGUACGGACGCUGGUGGGAGGACGAGCGCACGGAGCAAAGCUUUAGCCGCACGCCAAGCUCAUUCCACAGCCGGGAUUUCCUCGAGGUGGCAUUCGAGGAGCAGGUUUUCCCCACCUCCAUCACUGUUCUGGAGACCUACCACCCAGGGGCUAUCAUCCAAAUCCUGGCCUGCUCACUUAAUCCCUAUGCUGAAAACCCCACUUCUGAUGUCAGGUGGGAGGUGCUGUGGGCAGGGGAGCCCACCAAAGUGGCCAGUCCUCAGGCGCGGCAGUUUUGCCCCCCCAUCCGUCAGGUUAGCUUUGCCACGAAUUUACUGCGUUUGGAGGUAAACAGCUCUUUACUGGAUUAUUACACUGAGCUGGACGCCAUCGUGCUGCGUGGUGUGCGCAACCGUGUCAGCAGUAUCACCGCACCUGUCAUCGCCAACACCACACCCAAGAAGGACAGCAACCUGCCGGGCAACGAUGUCAACAUGGGCAAUGGCUACUUCGACAAACUACCAUAUGAGCUGAUCCAGUUGAUUGUGAGUCAUCUGGCCGUGCCGGAUCUGUGUCGCUUGGCUCAGAGCUGUAAGCUCCUACAGCGUCACUGUUACGACCCGCUGCAGUACGUUCAGCUCAGCCUGCAGCCGUAUUGGUUCCGCUUGGACGAUCUUUCUUUGGCACACUUACAAUCCCGCUGUGCGCUCCUGCAGCGCCUCAACAUGUCCUGGACCGGAAACAGAGGAGCCGUCACGGCUAGCGGAUUCUGCAGUUUCAUCAGGGCAUGCGGAGCAAACCUGCUGUGUUUGGAGCUGUCUUGUUGUCACUUCCUGAAUGAAGCGUGUUUGGAAGUGAUCGCGCAGACCUGCACCAGCCUUCAGGAGCUCGACCUCGCGUCAUGCGACCGUCUCGAACCUCAGGCCUUCAACCACAUCUCUAAACUCAUACGUCUGCGCCGACUUGUCCUGUACCGCACCAAGAUUGAGCAAACAGCCAUACUGAGCAUCCUGACUUUCUGCACUGAACUGCGACACCUCAAUUUAGGCAGCUGCGUGAUGAUUGAGGACUACGACGUGUUGGUGAGCGUGUUGAGCGCUCGCUGUCGCUCCCUCGUCUCUCUGGAUUUGUGGCGCUGCAGGAGUCUGACCGAGCGCGGCCUCUCAGAGUUAGUGUCGGGCUGCUGCGCCUUAGAGGAACUCGACCUGGGAUGGAGCUCCGCCCUACACAGUGGCUCCGCCCUACACGGCGCAUCUGCCUCAUUCAGACACGCAGCACGCAGACUGAGCCAUCUGCGCAGACUCUACCUCACUGCUAACCGCAACAUCUGUGACGCAGACCUGGAACACAUCGCUACACACUGUCCUGCCCUGGAACACCUCGAUAUACUCGGUACACGGUUGGUGAGUCCGGCUGCUCUGCGCAGACUCCUCCAGUCGUGUCCCCGUCUGCGUCUGCUCGACGUUUCCUUCUGCUCGCAGAUUGACACACGGACCGUACAGGAGCUCAGCGCACUUUUCCCAAACGUCUCCAUCAAAAAGAGUUUCACCCAGUGACCUCUAACCCUACUCAUUUUGUUGAAGCUCUCCUAAGCGGACACUAGGACCCUGCGGUCUGACGCUCACAGUUCGGACACCACGAUACUGGAACUCAGUGACGUACUACACACCCACACACACACCAUACUAGAUGAGAAAUUACCCAGCACACCAGAUCAUAUCAAUUGUUUUUAUUCGAAAUCCACCAGGACCUUUUGACCUUUGUUGAAAAGUUGUGAAUGAACACGUUCUUAUCCACUACUUCAAUUCAGUUGUCAUCCGUUUUGAAAAUACCGUGUUCUGAUUGGCUCAGAGCCGCAACUACGACGAAUCGCCACGCUCCCACGGAGUGACGCCUCCUUCAUUGUGCUUAACUAACAGCCCACAAUAUUUCUUUUGAACAAACUCGCAUUCUCUGAAAGUCAUUUGAUCACUCCUAUUGUUUCCUUUUGACGAACAUAAGAAAUAGGUAUUGAUUUGUAUUUAUUUUUUUUUUUUUUUUGGUCAGGCGACUCGCAAACCAGAAAAUGAAUAAUAAUUGUUAACUUCAUGCUACACAGCAAAAAAAAAAAAGAAAGAAAGAAAGAAAGAAUUUGAUUCUGCCGAUCCUUCUUUGUCCUAAAUUCAUGAAGGUGAAGAUAAAAUAAUAGGACAAUCUCUUUUUUAUUUUUUCUCAAGUACAGAAAGUAGAAAACAUCAUUAUCACCAAAAAUUCAAUUCUUUUUAUUUUUUCUCCGCUUUGUCCUUGUUAUAGCAAAACUUUGAGCUUUUUUUUUUUUUUUUUUUAGACGUCUCGUUGGCGGACACCAGUCCGAGCUCUUCCUCAUGAUGUCUGCAGAUGAAGAUGAAGUAUUUAUAAAAAUUAAUCCGAAGCCUUGUUCACUAAAGACUAAUACACUAUAGAGUUUUAAGCGAUUUUCCGAAACUGUCAAAUUACACGUCGUAAAAAUGACAAAAACAUUGUUCUGACCCUCGUGAAGUUAUUUCUAGACCAGAUUCAAUGAACCUGACACUAAGAAGCUUUCAUUGUAGUAUAAAUAUCCUGAAUAUCUCCCUAGCUUUAAUCCAGAUGGAAUCCAGUCUAUAUCAGUAACACUAACAGGACAAACACUAAACUAUACUGUACAUGCACCUGAACCGGUGGCUGUACAAGCCUUAUAAGACGUACAGUACAGUACACACCCCUGCUGUCUUAUUCUCAUUUGUAUGUGACUACAGAUUUUUUAUUUUUAGACCAUUACUUUUUUUGAGGUGCAUCUCAAUAACACAGCAGUGGAUUCUGGGAGAAAGAUAAAGGAUUAAGGUGAAAGUGUUGAACUGAUGAUGGAACUACUGAUGCAUUAACUUCUGUCUUUUGUUAUCUAAGAAGUGAAGAUGAAGGGGGUUGGAUUAUUUAUUGAAGCUGUGAGUUAAUGUGCCAUUGUGUGUGUGUGUGUGUGUGUGUAUUAUAAAGUUUUCCUUUUGAAUAACACACUGAAGGCUGAAGUGUGUCAGUGCCUUAUGUUGAGGAAGAAAUACUCUGUGUGUGUGUGUGUGUGUGUGUGUGAGAGUGAGAGAAGGACAAUUAAUUGCGAGUGUAAUAAAUAUGAACAAUGUGAAUUA